UUUAAAAAUUAUCGACUUUAUAAUAUAACUAAUGAGAUUAUAAACAAUGUUCUCAGUUUUGCAGAGACUAAUGUUUAUACACGUAACAAAAUUCCCCUCCGCAGAGCUUUUUCCACGCAUGCGCUUUAAAAAUUGCGACGCAUGCGCGAAACCAAACGUCAAAUCUAUUUCAGUAGAAUGCCUCCAUGCGUGCCACGCUCGCCGUACCUAACGCUUUUUAUAAAACACCACGCGCUCCAUGAGUUAAAACAAUAUUAUUUAAUGUUCUACGACGUACUGACAAACAUCGGUGUUCAACGCGAGUGAUGUAGCGACUUGGAAGCCUACGAUAACAGCAAUGCGACACGCGUACCCUCGACCACUAUUCUCCGAUGCCAAAUAAAUCCAGUGUCAAAUUUACAACAACAUGGAGCCUCUAAUAGAUAGGAACAAUUUCGCGAUAAGCGCGAUGGUCACCGUCGCCAUGCAAAUACUGUUCUUCACAAUAGCCUCGCUAUUCCAAAGCGACAAAGUGACCGAUUUCACCGGCGGUGCCAACUUUAUUAUAAUAGCUCUCCUUACAUUCUUCCUCGGCCAAGGCGGCAGUCACCUGAAGAACUAUGAUAGCAGACAGCUGAUGGUCACCGCCUUCGUCUGCGUGUGGGGCGCAAGGCUAUCUAUCUAUCUUAUAUAUAGAAUAUACCAUAUAGGAAGAGAUAAACAGUUCGAAGAUCGGAAAAGUAAUACUCUACGAUUUGCCGUAUUCUACACAUUUCAAGCUGUCUGGGUCUACGUUGUCAGUCUACCGGUGAUUAUAAUGAAUUCUCCUCAUCACUCGUUCCCGAAAGCUCCUAAAACUAUGACCACGCUGGAUUCUGCCGGCGCUGGAAUUUUCGUCAUAGGUUUACUCAUAGAAACGUAUGCGGAUCUCCAAAAGUUUGCCUUCAGACAGGAAGCCGCCAAUCAAGGCCGGUGGUGCAACGACGGCCUCUGGCGUCUCUCCAGACAUCCAAAUUAUUUCGGCGAAGUCGUCCUCUGGUGGGGCCUUUUUAUAAUAUCAUUAAAUGUAAUCGAAGGCAUAGAGUAUAUCGCAGUGUUAUCACCGUUAUUUACGACUACAAUUAUAUUAUUUUUAUCUGGAAUUCCUUUGUUGGAGCGAUCCGCCGACGAGAAGUACAGAGAUAACCCAGAUUAUUUAUACUAUAAGUCGUCAACUUCACCCUUGAUACCUAUACCGCCGGCAAUUUACGUUGAAGUGCCGAAAUUUUUGAAAUGCGUGUUAUGCUGCGAGUUCCCGAUCUACGAUUCGACAGGGGACGACUUCCCGGCGCCGACCAUCGCAACAGAGACGACCAGCAUUUCGAUGGUACAAUCGCAAACAUAGCUAACGAACGCCGCACGCGACAACGCGGCGGCAAACCCAGAUUCAACACUCAAAUGCCAAACAGACCAGAAACAAUUGUGAUAUUCGGCCGAGGACAGACCUCAGAAGAAAUUGCCAAAUUCGCUGCCGCUUAAACAAA